AUGCUUUGGCUGUGGGUAUGGUGUCGUGAAUGCAGCCGGCAUUAUUUUGCCCGACUCCUUUUCACUGCUUUGCGACAAAUAGAUGCGUCGCCGCCCGAGUCAUUCGCUGCAGCUCCGUGUGCUGUACUGCCGGCACAAUACUCUCGUGUCGUCUGGCGCCUGGCUGACAGUCAAGCACCACUGCGCCGGGGCAUGCAAGGAUGUGGACUGCCGCUCACGGUGUUGGGCACCGCUGUUUGGAUGCGGCGGCCACACGAGCGGAUGUAUUGUGGCACAAUCGAAUGCGUGAAAUACGCGGAGUCACCGCGGCUGCAAUAA